AAUACAUAGAAGUACGUAUUGUAUUGUACUCGCAAAAAUUAUUCUUUUCAGUUUUUACUGUUGCACUUUCUGACUUCCAAAGCUCAAAAAUUAAAAAUUUAUAGUUGAAAUCGAAAUCGUUUUAUUUCUGAAGAAUCCGCAACGUAGUAUUCGUUUUUUACCUUCAUCGUCUGCCCAUGAAUCAAGUGGUGACUUCCAGCUCUAGAGUUUUCGCUUACAAUCGACAAUCCAGAAAACCCAAACGCUUCGAGGUCUUGGCUAUUGACUAUCUGAACUGGCGUUUGCGGUUUUUUCUUCCUAUAAAUUAUGAUGCUUCGUCAAGUUGUACUCCGUGAACCGGAUUCAUUAUUCGGCUCGUCAAGAACGGUAUGUGCUGCUGUUGUGCAGUUUACACGAUUUCUUGUGGGGCACUCUCGAACUCCAGGAAUUCCACGACGGACUAUUUUUCAUGAUGCGCGGAAUUAUCUUCACCGGCGUGAAGUAUGUGUUGACGAUGCGCGGUGUACCCGGAGCAAGCAGGUGCGGUGCCUCCGGACCGUAACCGCGCCAGGGAAUUUGGAACCGGAAAAACGUGAUUAUGAUAAAGCACGAAAAGAGCAAGAAAAGUGGCGAGAGAAAGGUUGGAAUUCCUCCCGCCCCGAAGAUACAGGCAAACAUCGAAUGAAUUCUGUUGGCAGUAACCGAUUUUCUCAGCGAUUUUCUCAGCCUAAUCCUCAGGAAUUUACAAGGAGAAGUGCGGAAAAUUUUGAAGAGCGGAAGCCGCACAGCCCUAGACCUAAUUUCAAAAAGUCUGGCUCGGUAAACAUGGAUAGUUUUCUUCAACAAACCGGGCGCAAACAAGAAACAACCGACGCCGACAACCCUAAGGACGAUAAACCGAAAACGGCAUCCGACAUUGCAAGAAAGUUGCGAUCUGCUCCUCGCACGGACCAUGAAUCCAAAAGCCCUGACAAAGAAACGGAUGAAAACGAUCAUUCCGAAUCCGAUUCAAAGCCCAUCUCCCCUAGAGACCGCGUCAGAGAUGCAGAUAAGCGAACAGAUAUUGAUUCAAAGGGGUUUCGGAUAUACAGGCAUUUGGUUCCGGACUGGAACAGGUUUACCGCAGAUGACGUAGUGCACCUUUUGAAGAAAUGUGUGAUAUACGACGAAAAUGACAUUGUCGCUAUCAAUAAGCCUUAUGGGCUGCCCGUCCAUGGUGGCCCGUCGAUACACCACAAUGUGGCCAGAUAUCUCCCGGAAUUAGCUGAUGCACUGGAUCCGAUGGGAAGAACGAAACUGCAUCUUGUGCAUCGCAUUGAUAAAGAAACAACGGGCGUGCUGCUUUUAGCAAGGAACGAAAAGAUGGCUACGAUCCUGCACAACAUGUUCUUGCGCAGACAGAUCAAGAAACAGUAUAUUGCGAUAACUAAAACCGUCCCACAACCUUUGGAAGGAGUUAUCAAUAUUCCUAUAGGAGAUUCGCGAGCGACUGGUGUUAACAGGAGAGUUUUGAGGCCGGUGAGAACGGAUGAAUCCCGUUUAGUGAUGAACAAAUCUUCUGCCAGGGGAGCAGAAGCUAUAACGGAAUAUGAAGUCGUUGGUGCUUCUGGACAUUGUGCCUUAGUGGAAAUCCGGCCUCAGACGGGUGUUCAGCAUCAGAUUCGCGUUCAUAUGUCACACGCGUUAGGAUGCCCGAUAUUGGGAGACCACAAAUAUUCCCAUUUUGCUAAGCUCGCUCCACAGAAGUUAUCGAAAGAUACACUGACAAAGCUGAAAAUUCGUCAAGCUAAGGUCCGGACACUUCCGCUCUUCCUCCAUGCCAGUUCGGUGACGUUACCGGAAUUUCUUGAUGGUGAUAAUUUGUUUAUUAACUGCGAAGUGCCUUGGUUUUUUAAGCAUAUAAUGUCACGCCUAAAACUUAAGCGUAAUAACUAUGAAGAAUAGAUCUGGAUAAAAAAAGAAUAUGCAGAUAUUUUCGUAUAGUAAUGCAAGUGUUGUGCAAAUUAAGCGAAAAAUCCGAAGCAGAAGAUUCCAAUGACCUGGAAUAAAGCAUACAAACCCUAGAAUAAA